CCCCAAUAAACUACAUACUAUUACUCCUAAAAUCCAAAAUACAUUGCACCAGAACUUCAAAAUGUCAGGCGUUACUCUCAGCCCCGCCUUCAACCAGGCCGUCAUGGACAGCAAGAAGCUCGUCAACAAGCCCACCAAGGACCAUCUCCUUGAAAUGUACGGCCUUUUCAAGCAGGCCACCCAAGACCCCCCGAUCGAGAAGUCCGAGGCCCCCGGCGCCUUCGACCUCAAGGGCAAGGCGAAGAAGCGCGCGUGGCAGAAGGUUGUCGAUAAGGGCGUGACCCCGGAGCAAGCGCAGGAGCAGUACAUUGCGCUGAUCGAGCAGCUGAAGGCGACUUACGAGUUUGAUGAGAGCAAGGUCCCCGAGGCCGUUGGUGGGCAAUAAGCGGAUGGUGGUUGAUGUACCUACUUAUGAUGCGAGAGAUACACAUGGCGGAGGCUUAAGCUUGAACCGCAAGGGCCGCGCAAUACAAGAUUAUUGAAACGAAG